CGUAUUCUUGCUUCUUAAAAUCACACAGUACCACACCACAAGAGAGAAAGAAAAAAAAUAAUAAUAAGGGAGAGAGAGAGAGAGAAGAAAAAGAUAACGACGAGGAGAAGAAGAAGAAGGGCCCCAAUACAGUCACCUCCGUCCCUGAUUCUUGUUCAGUUUGAUUCAACUUGUAGUAAGAAGAUAGAGCACCUGCAUUUGGCUUUCCUCUAAUCUGGACCAGUUGAUCAAACACCCAUGGAAUGAAUGACUUUGUUGUAGUAAAAUCAUCCGCACAAACCUCACCAGCUUAAUAAAUUUUAUUUUGGAAUGGCUGAGGCUGAUCCAGACUCCUCAGAUAGUUCUGAUCUGAAACCCAAUAGCAGCGCCCCACUCUUUAGCAUCCCUCGCUUCUUUGUCGCUAAAGAGUCUGAUGCAGCGGGGAGGAGCCCUACUUCUCCCCUUGAUUUUACAAUCUUUGGUGGCCUCUUUAGCCCCAGGUCUCCUCCAGCUGCUCCCUCAUCUCCCAGGUUUCGCAACAGAUGGGCUUGUGACAAAGUCGGCCUCUCUCUUCUAAGCUCCAGCGUUGGAGAAGAAGAAGGCCAUGAGGAGGGCUUAUUCAACGUCGUGCUUGCCCCUCAAAUCAAGCCCAGGCUGUUUGGUUCUUGUGUUAAAUCCUAUUCGUUGCCUAAGAACUAUGCCGCCCCUUCCAUGUCUUCUGAUGCGGUGAACAUUGAAGAGGAGCAUAACAUUCAUGACUCAGAGGAACAUAACUCCCCGAGGAGAUCAAGCUCAUCUCCUAUGGAUAUAAUCUCCAGCCAGGCUUACUCUCGCUCGCUCUCUGCACGUGAGAUGGCACUCUCUGAGGACUAUACCUGUAUUAUUUCCCAUGGGCCAAACCCAAAGACAACUCAUAUUUUUGGUGAUUGCAUCCUGGAUUGUGACCCCAAAGAGUUGGGAACCAAGGAUGAAACUGAGAAACCGGAAGGCGAUGAUGAUUCUUUCCUCUGCUUAUGCACCGACAAACCUCAGAACCACAUUCAUAUGCACAGCGAGACAUCAGCAACAGCAGAAGAGAAGGAAAGUGACAAGGGGGUUGUUGAAGAUUGUUUGGAGAUAUCGCCUGGAACAAGUUACAACGAGGAUCUGUUUCCUAUGGCCUCUUAAACCAGGCAAAGCUGUUCAUUCUUGACGCUUUUUUGGGGGGGGGAUCUUGUGCGAGUUUAGUGUUUGUUGUAAGGUUUUUGUUUUUUUUUUUGUGGGAUUUUUGCGUGCUCAAUAAAAAGCUUGUGGAUUCAAGGAGGGGUGGUGAGUUUUGGUGUGGCCUGAUGCCCCCGGCUCAUCCUUUCUUUUGUUUGUUGUACCAUUUGUAUUUGUGACUUUAUUAUCAUUUGAAAGGGAACCAUUUGUAUUCUCUUUCAAUUAAGGCUAUACCGAGAGAGUACCACCGACUGUGUAAACAUGUACUAUUGGAAUUGAAUGAAUAAUUGGGAGGGAUUCUACAUUUACCUCAUUUUUCUUA